UGGCGCUACGUCGCGGCGGCGACGGUGUAAACGCGCACCGCCCCCGCCCGCUGACGUUCAGCGGUCGGACGCCCAAGACGCCGUCGACAAUCGUCCCGACGCAGUCAGUGCCGAACAUCGCAGUCGCAUAACACGACUCGCAUAUUAAAAACCAACUUAGGAAACGAACGACCAGUUGAAUCCAGCGGAGGUAGCAGCGAAUCAAACCCUUCACCAUGUCUUUCAAAGAACAUUUAGAAAUGAUCGGUCUGAACGAGACCCCCUCGAAGAAGGCCAAGUUCUGGCAGUCCUUCGUAAGAUCCUUAAAAGGAUCUGAUGACAUAAGGGCCACCGAUCCGGUCCACAGUCGCCCACGUGGCGUGUUCCGCCCCUUGAGCGACAUCCCCGAGCUGUCCUCCAGCUGGCCAUGGAGCAAGUCCAUCUACGACGACCCACUCGCGGCCGGUGAACGCAUCCACGGCCCCGGCUACAGAUACGACCCAGUCCACCGCGACAUCUACGGCUACUCCCCACGUCCAAUCUACCCCCACAACUACGGCUCCCUCGACAGAUACAGGCCCGCUUUCCACGUGUCAAAGGCCAGGCCUUAUGACGCUGAAGCCGCCUGGAGGGAACAUGUUGAUCGUGUAAAGGGCCGCGACCCAGAACAACAAAGCAGCAUCUUCCACACCACCUACCCAUUCUCCCGUUACCCACUUUACUUGGUGUACAGCAAGAGACCGUCCCCAGCCUCCGAGAAAUACGACCCACACCGCUCCUGGUUGGACCACUUAGACCGUCUCGCUGGUUUGGAAUCUUGGCCACUCAGCAAGCUCUCUCCCACCCCAAUCAAGGCUGGACCGUGGGCUCCCCGUCCAUCCGAAGUAGCCUUUAACUACGCCGGUCAACCAAUCUACACCCGCGGAGGCUUGUCCCCAAGUAAGAGCAUUUUCCGUGACCUUCUCGACCCUCCCGCAUCUCUCCCAAUUUCCUCAAUCAUCCGCGAUCCGUUCUGGUGGAGGUCGCCCGCUCUCAAACCCCUCUCUGCCUUCUCGCCUUGGGGCAGAUCCCCAUCCUAUCUUCGUGACUCAUACCUCUCCCCUGUCAAGAGGACGUACCUGUGGGACAAACACCCUGUCAGGCCAUUUGCUGCCGUCUUCUAAGUACAGAAUCACGAUGAAAUCAUCGCAAGCAGAUACAAUAUGCGACUGACUGAACAAAUCAAAAACUAGCGAGACAUUGACUACAAACAAUGUUUCCUAAAAGUGUUCAUAUAUUUUACUUCUUUAUUCAAAACUGUCUCUAUAUACAUAUAUAAUAUUCAAAAGCAUAAUGUGCCUUAAUUUAUACAAGAAACGAAAAAAAAGAAAGGUAUUCGAAAAAAUAUACGACCAAAAGCAAAUGUGUCCCACAGGUGGCUCUAAAAGCUCUCACAAAGCGUGUCUCGCAUUCCAACUUUUACACUACUGCCAAUAGUGGGAUACUGUAACAUCAUAAAAUUCUUUUAAUUGGAAUAUAUUUGUGGCAUGUUAAUACAAAGUGUAAUACCCAAA